AUGGGUGAAUCAGGUAUAAAACAGAGAAAUGCAGCUCAGGAAUUUGUCAACGAUGCAUCAAGAGCCACUGAUGAAGAGAAAAACACUAUGAAAGUCACUGAAGAAGACGCAAGUGACAACGAAUCAGAGUCUUCUAUGUCAGAAGGCGACUCUGGUAUUGAAGAUGAUCUCGAUGUUGCCUCUUCAGAUAAAAGCGAGAGCAGUGACGAAGAGGAUGAUGACGAAAGGACAGAUGAUGAAUUCCCCUUGAAGAAGAAGAAGAAGGUGAAUGGCGAUGGCGCAGAUCUGUUUGCCAGUGCAUUCAAUGCCAUUAUUGGUUCAAAGUUGAAGGCUUACGACAGAAACGAUCCAAUCUUGGCUCGUAACAAAUCAACGCUCAAGAAAAUGGAGUCAGAUAAGUUGGAGAGAAAAGCCAAACGCGAGUUGCUUGCUGAGAAGAAACAGCUUCAAGACAAAGUCAGAAUACGAAACUUGCUUCCUUCCGCCAGCGAGCCUGAAAAAGUCAGGGAGGUGAUUGAAAAAGAGAAAAAGUUAAAAAAAGUUGCUCAAAAGGGUGUUGUCAAGUUAUUCAAUGCCGUUUUGGCUACCCAGGUAAAGACCAAGGAAGAAAUCAGCAAGGCUAAGGUACCCUCAGGCAAACAAGACGAGAUGAUGAAUGAGCUAUCGAAAUCGAAAUUUUUGGACCUUGUGAAAGCCGCUGGUAACACAUGA